AUGUAAAAGAGAUAGUCUCAUACCAAGAUUCCAUCAGAAGUCGUUCCAGCAAAUAACUAUUACAUUAUGCCAAAAUCUCUUCGAUCAUCAUUAACUUCAGCAGAAAAUUUGGAAGUCAAAAAGGUUGCAUCCACUAAAAACUUCGAUUAAUUUGAACCACUCUACAGUCCUGAAAAGCUUCUGAAUACACAUUAAUAAAACAAUGCUUAUUAAUCCAAUAUAGAUUUACAACAAGCAUUACACUUCUCAGAACAGAAUAACCAAUAUUUAUCCCGUUAUCAUUAAUAGUUACAAUAGAAUAAUGUGGAUCUCUAAAGUCUAUAUAAUAAAUCAGAAAUGGAAAAUAAAAAAUUAUUAAGUGAAUUAAAACUAUUGUAAAAUAGAAUUUCACUCAAAGAUAACGAAUUAAAGCAAGCUUAGGAGAAUGGAGUGGAAUAUCUAAAAGAGAUAGCAUAAUUAAAAAUUUAGAUAUAAAAACUUAAUUCUACAUUGACUAAAUUGAUUGAGGAAAAUGAACAAAUCAAAGAGUAAUUAAAUGUAACAGGAACCUAGACUUUAUAAUUUGAAAAAGGACUAUCCAGCAGAAGGGAUCUUAAUCAAUAAAAUGAGUUUAAUUUAAGUGGGUCAAGGCAAUCAUAAAAUUCUCGAUAAUAACACUCUUAAAGUGUUUCAAAUUUAUAAAUUAAUGCUAUGAUUGCUCAUGAUAAUAUUUCGAACUAUUAAAAUUAAAUACUGCAAUACUAAAAAGAAUUAGCAGAAAAAAAUCAAUUGAUAACCAGUUUGCAACAGUAAGUAAAAAACUUAACUGAGUUCUAACGAUAGUUAAUGGCAAAAUCAACGAGAAAAUAACACAAUAAAGGAACAAAAAACUAAAUUCAAUCAAGCCCUCAAUAAACUCCCAUUCAAAGAUUACGAAUUAAUAAUGAUAGUUAAAUAAUGAGUCAUAAGAAUCUUUUAAACUUAAUUGAUGACUAAUAAAAACCUGAUUUUCAACUACAUAGAUCAAGAUAAUCAGAUGAAUUCGAUGUUGGGCCAAGUGUUAAAUCAUCUAUAACGAACCUAAAGAAUAAACAAGAAUUAUAAUAGAUUUAUAAGAAAAUUAAUUAAUCUACCAUAUACACUUCAGGUCUAUAUUCAAGUUUGUUAGAUUAUUAAUAUCUAUCAAGUAAUAAAUUAUUGAAUUCUUCAUGUACUAAAGACACAUUAUAACAUUGA